GGCACGCCGCUUCACUCAGCGACCCAAUCCCACCCCCUCCCCUCCAACACCACAAAAUUCCAACACACCACACGCCAUAAAAUGAGUAAAAAAGCAGCAGUUCCAGAUGCCUGGGACGACGAUUGGGAAGCUAUAGCCGACAAAGCAGACGAAACUGCAGCAGUGGAAGCGCAGGAAGAGACCAUCAAGGUAUCGAAGGCGGAACGCCUGGCCAGACAUGCGGAGACAAAUAAGAAGAUUUGGGAUUCUGCCGAAGAGCCCGAAACCUUCCACUUUCUCGCUGCUAAGGAGGACAAAGUGCCCCUGCGCACAGAAUUCAAACCCCAGCUCAAAGUCCUGUCGCGCAAGCCCGCUCCGAAAGUAGUACAGAGACUGGAUCCGAUUACGGGAUUGGCAAAGUUGACGGUUGAGGAUGAGGAUGAUGAGGAAGUAGAGAGCAAGGAUAAGCCUACCGCAGAGGAAUUGAGGAUUAAGGCGCAAAGGGAGCGGGAGGAGAAGCAGAGGAGGUAUGAUGAGGCUAGAGCUAGGAUUUUAGGAACGCCAUCGGGGGCUUCAAGUCCGGGGACCACUACCCCAGAAGGAGGUAGAGGGAAGAGUCGUGGCCGGGGAGGUGGUGCGGAUAAUAGAAGGCCAAACAGCCAGGGAGGGCCGAAAGAAUUGUUCGAUCCGAAUUACACGCCAAAGUCAGGGGGAGUCAACAUUCAGAAACGGAAUGGGGAGGCCUCUUCCCGGUCUGGGGCUUCUACGCCUAGGGACGACGAUCAGAUCAUUCGCACGCCGAAGGGACCGGAUGGGAAUGGAAAGGGCUUUGCGAAAAGGGGUGGGAAGAAGACUUGA